AGCUUCAGUUAAACCUCAAAACAGUUAAAAGAAGAAGAAGAAGAAGAAGAAAGACAAAGAGAAGAAGAAUAUGAAGAUUGAAGAGGUGCAAUCAACAAUCAAGAAUCAGAGAAUUGCAACUCAUACUCACAUUAAAGGCCUUGGUCUUGAGCCCAAUGGGACACCACUACCAUUGGCAGCUGGGUUUGUAGGUCAGGCAGCAGCCAGAGAAGCUGCAGGGCUUGUGGUUGAUAUGAUACGCCAAAAGAAGAUGGCUGGUCGGGCUUUACUGCUAGCUGGUCCGCCUGGUACAGGGAAGACAGCUCUUGCCCUUGGUAUAUCACAAGAACUUGGAAGCAAGGUUCCAUUUUGCCCAAUGGUCGGAUCCGAAGUGUAUUCAUCAGAAGUGAAGAAAACUGAGGUUUUAAUGGAAAAUUUCCGACGUGCUAUUGGUCUCCGUAUCAAGGAAAAUAAGGAAGUUUAUGAAGGAGAGGUGACUGAACUAUCUCCAGAAGAGGGUGAGAGUUUGACAGGUGGAUAUGGUAAAAGCAUUAGUCAUGUUAUAAUUGGGUUAAAAACUGUCAAAGGUACCAAACAGCUGAAGCUAGACCCCACGAUAUAUGAUGCCUUGAUUAAAGAGAAGGUAGCUGUUGGUGAUGUCAUUUACAUUGAAUCAAACAGUGGAGCAGUUAAAAGAGUGGGUAGGAGUGAUGCUUUUGCUACAGAAUUUGAUCUUGAGGCCGAGGAGUAUGUUCCACUUCCUAAAGGAGAGGUUCACAAGAAGAAGGAAAUAGUCCAGGAUGUUACAUUGCAUGAUCUUGAUGCUGCAAAUGCACGGCCACAAGGAGGACAAGAUAUAUUGUCCCUAAUGGGUCAAAUGAUGAAACCUAGGAAAACCGAGAUUACUGACAAGUUGCGGCAAGAGAUAAACAAGGUUGUCAAUCGUUAUGUUGACGAAGGUGUUGCAGAACUUGUUCCUGGUGUCUUAUUUAUUGAUGAGGUUCAUAUGCUUGAUAUGGAAUGUUUUUCAUACUUGAAUCGUGCCUUGGAAUGUUCACUGUCUCCAAUUGUGAUUUUUGCCACUAACAGAGGCAUUUGUACUGUCAGAGGAACAGACAUGACUAGUCCACAUGGCAUUCCACUUGACUUGUUAGAUCGGUUGUUGAUUGUCAGAACGGAAACUUAUGGUCCAGCUGAAAUGAUACAGAUAUUAGCUAUACGUGCUCAGGUGGAGGGACUAGAAAUAGAUGAAGAGAGCCUUGCGUAUUUGGGAGAGAUUGGACAACAAGCUUCUUUAAGGCAUGCUGUUCAGCUGCUAUCUCCAGCUAGUGUAGUCGCCAAAAUGAAUGGUCGUGAUAAAAUCUGCAAGGUGGAUCUCGACGAAGUGAAUUCAUUGUACCUAGAUGCUAAGUCUUCUGCAAGACUUCUUCAAGAGCAGCAGGAUAGAUACAUCUCAUAAUAAAUUGCAAGUCAACUCGACUCUACUCGAAUAGAGGAGACAUAAGUUCUACAAAUGUGUAAGUUAUGCAUGACAAUUGGUUCCUUGCUUCAAGAUUAGAUUAAAGGCAUUUUGCUAGCAAUGUUUGAACAAGACGAAGGCAAUAGACUCACCUUUCGAUGGACACAAGCCCUCAGGACUGGACACUCGGACUUUGGGAAGUUUGCCCUAGGGUAGUCCUUCAUUUGGAGUUGCUUUUUUCGUUUUUCAAAGUGGAAUUCCUCGCUUUCAUCUAUGACGUGUGUCAAACUCCUCUUUUGUUGUUGUCAGGUGGAAUGAUUCAUUCAACCUCGAUAUCAGUUAACAAGAUAUCAGAGUGUCAAAUGUGAAUUCUGAUACACUUAGCUGUAAAUGCAUAUAUGAUGUAGCAUUCUUGCACUAAUGGCUGUUCAUGUCAAAGAUAGUUACAUUGUCCCAAACUUA